UCUAUUCGGCGGCCGCAGCGGCCGUGUCGAUGGUCCGCGCCGACUGGCACUAACCCGUUAGAGGGCUGGCUCAUGCAGCGACAGCGCUAUGAAUUGGCUUGGUGUGCUCUCUCCGUUAUGGCACGCCCACUCGCACCUGGUGUAGGCGGCUGGGGCGCGGCGCCUUCCUACUAACUGUCGUGCCUGCCUAGACGAUGGCCUGCUCAUGCAGAGCCGGCAAUCUGGACGGUCACCGGAAUGGCUUGGCAGUCUCGUCUGUCGGCUCAGUCGUACGAUGGAGUUUCAUUGCUUCGGCGAUGAAGCUCCAUCGGUGAAGCACCCACCAAUUGCAUGCUCAAUCAUGACACUUGACCUUUGAGGUCGCUCCGCAUUUUUUUUUUUCAGGUGACUGGGUGCUUCUUCCUCCGCGCUAACGCCGCCUUGUUCCAGGAUUUAUGUAAUGCUGUCUUUGGCAGCAACUGUGUGAUCGUCUGUGUGAUUGAGUAAACGUUUGAAUGAGUGGGUCCUUUGUCCUUCUUCCUUCACAUUUGUCCCUCUUGAUGGUGUAUUAACAACAUUUUCAGCUCGUUCAUAUGAGUAUGUGAUUUACUUUGUGGAAACAGUAGCAAUGCAGUUAGCGCAAAGUAUGUAGGAAGUGAGGAGGUUGCUUCCGUAAGCAGUAUCUAACUCGUAUUUGUCUACUAACUUUAUAGAUUAUGCAAGUCCGAGAGCGGAACCUCUCGAUCCUUCACUACAAACACCUUUUCCUGAAUCCACGUCAAUACGAAACAUACGAUCGACUUAUGACGAACGCACGACAGCCACCACCACUGUGACAACGCGAGUUGCAGAGCAGGUGAUAGAGAGCAGUGGCAUCCAAGAGACUCUUGAGAGUUACUCAGAUCGCCGCAGUUUCUGGGAGGACGUCAGCCGUCGUUCGCAGGACACAGAUUCGCAAGAGGGGCCCUCCCCUCGCUCCAAAGAACAAAAACCACGACGACGUGACAGCCAGGACAGCAAGGACGAGGAUGACACCGAGCCUCGAUCGGACCCGCCGUCAUCUGGCGGCGAUGACGGAGCUGACGGCGGUGGCGGCCGGGGACUCGUCAACGUGGCAUUUCUGGGAGAACAGGAAGUGGACCGGAUCGACAGCAGUCUGCCGCGGGCGCCCAGCCCGUAUGAGGUGCCGCGAGAAGAUGAGGCUGAAGACGUCUCUGCCGCUGAUGUCGCCACUAAGCGCCAUUUGUUCGAGCAGGAGAUUCAGCGUGAGACGCAGGCAGCGCGAAGGCCGUUCAUCGCCCGUAGAAGUCGGGAUGACUCGAGUCAGGCUACAGAUGACGACCAGCAGACGCUUAGCAUAGAUGAGGCCGUCCCACCUAUUGCCGAGAAAUACGAACACGAAACUGAUGCGGUGACGACGAUGAGUGAUGUCAUCGAGCCUCUGGGAACAUCUUCCAAAUAUGAGGCAGCAGAAACAGAAAAGGGCUCCUCAAGGGAGGUUGAAGAAGCUACCCAUGCUAUCGUUGAAAAGCGAAUGCGCACUGACAUUGUAAUGGAGGAGAUGGGUCAAAGUCUGGAAAGUCAGAGCCCGGAGAGAAAGCGGCUUCUUACCCCAGAGGAGGAAUUAGCUCGACAGCAGGAACUUGCUGCGUCCGCCGUCGUAGUGUCUGAGUCACAAGCUGCUGACGAAGAAGACCCUGAGGCAUAUGAAGCUAAAGAGUUUUGCACGGAAGAAUACUCUGAAGCGGAGUGUGCUGAGGAGGAGGAGGCCGAACGCAAGAUGCUGGCUGAGGAUGACGAAGAGCGACAGAAAAUACAGGAGGAUGAGGUGCGGUCGGAAACGCAGCCGAAUAUUCUGGAUGAGAUCGAAACCAAAUCGUUCGUUUCAGAUACUCAGAACGACAUUCUUGAUGUUACUGAGGAGCAUGCCCCGGAGUCGGAAGUGCUGGACUAUCAAGAACCGUCCAUACGCGAGCCAGACGAAGAGCAGGGGCAUCGUGAACACCGUGUUUCCGAAACCGAACACAAGUACAUCUCUGAACAUCUGGAUCGUAUCGAUGACGUGGAUGAUGUUCUGGAAGCUGAGGCAGCCGCAAGUCCGAUGGAUGAUGAUGAACUGAGAGGAGUUCAUCAGCAAGUUCUUAGAAGUCCCCAACAGGAGCAUUACACUGACGAGCCAUCGUCUAGCGCUGACGAAUCGCCCAAGUCUCGGGAUGUCGACGUUCCGGACGUCACACAGUCGGGGCAGCGGAUGGAGCUGGAGCUUCUGGCUCCGUCUGCUCCUGACUUAGAGUACGUCUCGCCGUCUGAGCCAACGCACUCGCUACCGCAGUCCUACCGACUGCAGAGUGAAGCGUCCGACUCCAGAUUCCAGCCUGAUUCAGGCUUCCAUGGCGAUGAGCAGGGUGCCACCGAAGCUGCAAGUGACGAUCAUGCCGUGAUGCUGUCUCCUGAGUGCCGAGAAGCUGCUGAAGAUACUGAGGCGGCACCCUCCUCCGGAACAUUUGAGUCAUAUGCUUAUAAGCCAUCGACUGAACCAGAACAUCUCGAGCAUGAAGAAGAGCAUUAUGAACCAGGGCCUAUGACUCAAGAGGUGACACACUUGAAAGACGACGAUGAGUCAAACUCUCAAAGGAUCCUGGUUGAGGAGGAAAAGAAACUGCUUAAAGAGGGAAUGGAGCUAAUUGGCGAGGAAAUUAAUCUUUUGGAAGAAACUGAGAAACGGUUGGAAGAAGAGAAGGAACAUAUUGAAGAGGAAAUGGAACACAUCUAUGAAGAAAGGAGACAUGUCGAAGAGGAGAAAAGACAUCUCAAAGAAGUGAAAGAACAAAUGGACGAGGAUAAACAGCACGUCGACCAGGAAAAACUGUUGAUGACUGAACAGAAGGAACUGAUCAAAGAGGGAAUGGAAAUGAUGGAAGAAGAAAUUGGGUAUAUGGAGGAGCAGAAAGAAUUGCUUCAGAAAGAGCGCGAAUACUUGUUUCACGAAGAGGAGCACGUUCAUGAAGAAAAGGAGCACAUAGAAAGACAGAGAGAAACACUGACUCAUAUGAAGGAUGAAAUAGAACACGAGAAACUGCACAUUGAGGAGGAAAAGAUGCACAUAGAAGAAGAAAAGGAGCAUCUCAGAGAAGCGAAAGAGCAUCUGGAAGAAGAAAGGAGUCAUUUGAUGCAUGAGCUCGAAGAACAUGACCCGCAUCGUGGCAGUGUCGAAGUAGAUCCGGCUGCGGCUCGAAAGUCGUUGGAUAUGACGGUGCGGGUUAGACCGUUAGAUGCGCUGUCGCCCGAAACACCGGCGGCAGCUGCCACUCUGCCCUCACCCAUCCACGUAUCGACAGAGACGUUCGCCCAGCCUGUUUGGGAGGCGGCGCUGGAUCACGCCGAGCAGGAGGACACUGAGAUGGUUCACGACAUUCCCAUUGAACGGCAAACUGUUUUGGAGCGAGAGGAAGAGGGGUCUUCCAGCAGCGUUGGGGACUCGAGCGUGCGAGAGCACACGGAUGAAGCGGAGGGCUUUGAGGAACAGACAAGAACACAGGCGAAUGGUGGAGCUGCUGGCGUGCCUCAGUCAAUGUCAUUUGAGGAUGCCCAGCGAUUGGCGGUGGAAAUCGUGUCGGACAUCAAGAGCCGGCUGUCGGAGCACCCUGAGCUGGUCACUGGCGAGGAGUCGGUGACGGGCACCAUGACCGCUGUCGAGCCGGCGCGCCAGGACUCCGACGCACGCCUGCAAGACUCAAUGUCGUCCGAUAAGGUGACCACAGACUCGUCGGAGCUGUCUCGGCUCUCCGACGAGCAGCCGCCUGUGCUGAUGGGCGAUGAACGGCGCCAGCUGGAGGCGGAGGCUGCCGCAGAAUGUAAGCAGCCCGACGACGACAACGUUGAGGGCACUGAUGAUCUGGAAAGUCUUCCCCGACCGGCCCCAGACUCCGUGUUCACAUCAGAGACACACUCCAAAGUGGACGAAUACCUACGUCAGCUGACUGAGGAGGGCAGUCAUGAUGACGAACACUGUACCAUGGUGCAGCAAGUGGUAGAACGUAAGGCAGCAGAUCUAUCUCGGCGACGCCAUGUCAACCUAGAAAGCCUCGAGAUCACCGAUGAGGACCUUCGCGAGAGUGGUAAUGACCUCUCGCCGUUGGAAAGUCACAUGGAGAGGCUGCGUCAAAUGUCGGUGGUCGCCCUAGACCAGACUGAAUUGGAAGAGUUGCGUGGUGAAAGUGACCUCCCGUCAUCCGGCCACGAAGUCACCGAGCUCACUGAGAAGACGUCGACGGAUGGCUCCACCACCGAACGGAGGCAGAGAGUCAUCAGCAGCGGGGAUUUCGAAGAAGGGGUAUCCGGUGAAAGGACUAUUUUUACCACCACAGUAGUUCGGUCAGAGGAGGACGACGACAUACACGGGAGUGUCACAGGGGAGGCGGCUCAUCAAGCAGAGGUGGAGACUCAGACGCAAAGACAAAGUAGACAAGAAUCGCUUGAGCCAGAUGUCUUUGAGGCUUCGGAAAAGGGUGCUGGUUCAGUUUCUUUUGCUGAUGAGCAAUCAUCGAAAUUGGCCACCGAGUUUUACCGAACCACGUCAACGUCCAGAGAAUCUGAAUCAACUUUUACCAAGUCAUUUGACGAACAACAAGAGCUGUUGUCCCGUUCCUCCGAAGAAGCAUCUGAAUUGAUCAGCAAGUCGGCGGAUGACACCUUCGAGAAGGGAACAGCGGAGACCGCCGAAAAGCUGCGCACUUCUAUCACUCGCUCUUCGGAAGAGAGUUUUAGUAAGUCGACGGAAGAACGCUCUGAGAAUCUGACUCGUUCCUCGGGGGAAGCAUCUGAGGCGAUUACUCGUUCAACAGAGGAGACGUUUGAAGCAGCUGUGAAGGCCACCGACGAAGCCACCGAAAAACUCAUCAGAACAGCAGGACUUCUGUCUCGCUCGGCUGAAACGCGUCUUUUAGACGAACAAUCCGAAACUACCACUAGGUCUUCAUGCGAAACCUCCGAGGCUGUGUCACGAUCUACUGAACUGUUUGACAUGUCACUGAAGAUGUCAGAUGGGAAGUCGGAAAAGCAUCUCAAAACCUCUGCUGAUGUUUCUGAAACGUUCGGACGCUCUCUAGAGGAAGUUUCCGAAGAGAUUAGUCGCUCAACCGAGGAAACGUCGGCCAGGUCUACAGAUGAAAAAUCUGAGAGAAUCCAUCGAACAUCAGCUGAUGUAUCUGAAGCGUUUGCGAAAUCACAGCAAGAGACAUCAGAAGCACUCACAAAGUCUGUGGAGGAAUCUUGUGAUAGUUCAUCGGAGGACAAGUCUGAAAAGGUCCGUCGCGUAGCCACAGAGGUGUCCGAGGCGUUCUCAAAGUCUCUGGUGGAAGGAUCUGAAAAGACGAGCACCACUUCCGAGGAAAUGGUGGAGGUUGUAUCCGGGAUCUUAGAGGGUCGGUCAGAAACAUUAAAUCGGACCUCUACCGAGUCUUCAGAAGUAUUAGCCAGGUCAUCUUCCGAAACAUCUGAGAGCAGGUCGCUGGAGGAGACCUCUGAAAGCUGGCUGUCGUCGGCCGAUGCAGCCGCCGGCCUCACGGCGGCCAGUCGGCUGACUGAGCGGACCUUGUCGCGUUCGUCUGACUCCCGCGCCGAGUCUUCCCUGGUCUCCAGUCGCGAGUCGGUAGUCACUGUUGUGGAUCGUCGACAGUCCUCAGAAUCGCCAUCUCAUCAGAGGCCCUCGUCACCCGAAAAGUUAAGCCACACCGGCCCCUCCCAGGAGAUGCCGGAGGACAAGGACUUGGCUUCUGAGCCGGUGCCAUCGCCGGAGCGAGGUGACGAGACUCCAGCCGUUCCGUCAUGUCGUCAGAAAAGCUCCGACGAGGAGCAGUGGCCGCUGCGAUCCACGAGUUUCGAGUCUGGCGUGGUGAUGCGGCAGCGCUCGGCCUCCAGUCGGCCUGACAGCGAGCUGCGUCGGUCGGCGGCUGACUCGCCGAGUUCUGGCGACAGCAGGUACCAGACGGCUGCCGAAGGGCUAUCGGACAGCAGUCGCGCCACCUCCCGUCCGACGAGCUCCGAGGUGGAGCUGCUCGGCGGCACGCACACGGGCACGCCCUCUGAGUACGAGACGGCGCUGUCGGCGACCACCGGCUCGUCGCAGGACUACUACACCGCCAAGACGUCUCUCAGCUGGCCAGGCCGGUCGCUGGACUCGUCAGAGAGCAGCGGUCACCUGGCCAGUGUGGAGGUCAGUGAGCCCUCCGAGACGCUGAUGACUUCUGCCGUCGAGCUGGACCGCGAGUCGACCCCCACGGGCCACCCGGCCGAGGAAGAAGAGCCCAAGGCGGCUGGGCAUGAUGAGGACGAUGGUGAUGAUGCGAAGGCGGAAGGAGCAGAUCAGUCGCAGGAGGAGAGCGGCGAAUCCACUCCAGAGGAACAGGAGGAGGCUCGUGCGGAGGCGGAACAAUUCGAAGGUGACGACCUAUUUGUGGAACCGAACAUGAAACGCUCAGCUGAGAUGGUGUUCGGGCCGCCAGGUCAGGGCGCUGACGUCAUUCAGGGUCAUGUGUUCGGGGAAAAGGAACGCGACAAUGACCGAGUUGUAUCACCGGAGCCAGCCAUGGAGUCGGUGAGCGAGCCGGUCGAGCCCACGAAGAUCAUGCAGGAAUCGAUCGACAGCGCGUCGGAGACGAGCCGGCUGACCGGCGCCGAGCAGCCGUCGGCCACUGAGUCGCAGAGAGCGGCCAUCAAGGAGACGUGGCGCACAGAGUCGGAGCGCAUGGACCUGUCGAGCGCCUCAGAGCAGCUCAGCACCAUGACGUGCUCGCUCAUGUCCGAGAGCUGCCUGUCGGAGACGCUGUGCCAGGAUGAGCCGUCCGGGCCGCCGCCGCUGCCGCUGCCGCGCGACAGGAUCCUGGAGCAGGACGACACCGGCUCGCAGCUCUCCGAGACAGACACGGAGGAAGUGGCCGAGACGCUGCAGCCGUCGCCGCCGCCGCUGGCCGUCGCUCCGCCGGCCGAGCGCGUGCUGCGGAGAGCGCUGUCAGAGUCGGCGACCAGCAGCGCCGUCGGGGAGCGUCUGCGCGCCCAGCUGCUGGAGAAGGGUCUGUCAGAGGAGCGUGCUGAGUGGGAGAUCCAGCAGAUCAUGACGCAGCCCUCCGACCCGAGCAUCGCGCCUAGCCUGGAGCGUCCCGACAGUCCCGAGCCGAUGGCGGACUACCCGACACGCAUGCCGUCCGAGACGCCGGUGACGCCGGAGUUUUCGCCCGAGUGUCGCCCCAGCCCGCAGCCGGCAGCGGCGCCGACCAUCUCGGUCACAGAGGCUCCCGAGUCCGCAGCGCAAGAGGAGGCGGAGGCCUCGCCGCAGCAGGUGUCGCCCCCGUCAGACAAGUCGCCGACCUCCUCUGAGAAGUCGUCAUCUGACGAAGGACGUGAAUAUGUGCUGGAUGAGCAGCCGGAGUUUGCUCCCGCAAUUCCUACACGCGUUCAUGAGACGAUCCCCGAAGAAGAGGAGGACAGCGGGGAUAGUAAUGGACGGAAAGGUGAUUCGGUGGCGUCCAGUGUCGGUGCCGCCGCUCCGCCCGCCCCCACGGACCUCUCGCCGGAUGAGUUUAUCCUUGUGGAGGGCGGUGGACGACUGGACUCGAUCGUGUCGCCGCCGCCCACCGUGACGCCUCUGUCCCGUGUCCGCUACUUCCCCGAGGAGGUGCAGAAGAUCACCGAGGACACGGUGUCUCCCACUGAUGAGGAUAUCGACGUCAGCGAGCAAAAACGCUGGGCCGAGCAGCAGUUUGAGAGUGCGCGCGGUGCUACCGGCACUGACUACCAGGCGGAAGAGCUGUUUACCAAACAUCUGGAGGACAUCAUUGAGGAAGAGCGGGAAGAGGUGCUAAGUAACCGAGAGCUGGAGCGGCUGAAGGAGUCGCUGAGCUCCACGCCCGAGCUGGAGAUGGUCGCGCGGGGACGACUCGUGUCUCGCAGUGGUGAGAGCGAUGACGUUUCCCUGAGCUCGCUCCAAGAGUUCGAGCGCCUUGAACUGCUGAUGGCCCAGCGCGGGUCGCAGGACUCGCUCGGGUCUUCAACCAACAACAACAGUGGCAGCGGCAGCGGCAGCGGCAACGGCAACGGAGUCGCCCGCCGAAACGGCAGUCCCCGGGCCGGCAGCUCCCAGGGAGAUGAUGUUUCCGUCAACUCGCUGCAGGAGUUUGAAGGUCUAGAGCGUCAGUGUCAGCUGGCCCAGCAGAUCGAAGCCCGCGCCGAGCAGGCUGAGCGCCUACUGUCCGAAAUUGAGGAGGGUCACGAGAGUCAGAUGUCGGAGAGUGACAGCUGCGAGACCGUCUCCCGCGCCAGCGAGCGGGCUGCCGAGCGCGACGACCAGCUGUUUGAGAUCGACGAGAUCAUCCGGCAGGCGCAGAGCAACGUGGAGCGUCUGCACGCCGAGGACGAGCUCAUGUCCGACAGCCUGCGCCUGGAGGACAUUGUCGACAUGACCGAGUCGAGCCUGGUGGUGGACACGCCGCCCGGAGAGCGCGAGGACGACUCGCCGGCCUCGCAGCAGCGCGCCGGCGAGCCGGUCGACUCGCCGCUCCGCCGGCGCCUCCUGAGCGAGGCGGCCGGCGCCGGAGCGUCCGGCAGCGCUGACUCCUUGGAGCGCGCCCCGCGCCCCGGCGCCAUCUCAGCCGACUCGAUAGAGGCCGCCAGAGUGAUGACUGACUCGAUCGAGGAGCCGCGCCAAAUGACUGACUCGAUCGAGGAGCAGCGGCAGAUGACUGACUCGAUUGAAGAGCAGCGCCGGAUGACCGACUCGAUUGAAGAGCAGCGCCGGAUGACCGACUCGGUGGAGGGCCGCCCGGAGAACCGGCCCGCCGCCGAGGCCGAGCCGGACGCGCCGCCGCAGCAGAUGACGGACUCCCUAGAGCUGUCCUCGGCAGCCGGCGGGCCGUGGUCGGACCCGGCGGGCGCCGCGGCCGCGCUGCCCGGGGACGUGCCCAGCGGCUCGGCCGCCGCCCGCGACGCGCUACUCUGCUCGUUCGACUCGGUGUCGAGCUCGCAGGCGACCAACGCCACCUACCAGUGCGAGUCCGACUCGCUGAUGUCCUCCAGCAUGGCCUCCACCAUGUCGGCCACCAUCAUGGGUUCCAACGAGACGCUAGGCCCGGAGGCGGACCUGGACGGAGCCGCCGCCGGCCCGUCGGUCAGCUCGCGCACCUUCCAGACGCCGGGUCGCGUCUCUGAGGGCGAGUGGUCCACGGACGAGCCGGGCUUUGACCGCGUCCGCUACCGGUCGGUGCAGAUGCCCGGAGAGGGCCGGCAGACGACCUUCAGCGGACCCGGCGCCGCCGCCGCCGCCCAGGCGUUCGCGCUGGAAAUGCAGCCCGGCGAGGACCUGGUCGAGAGCCAGGUCACUGACGAGCACGGCAAUGUGCACGUGCAGCGCGUGCUGCGCCGGCGCGUGGUGGUGGAGGCGGGCGCGCAGCCGGUGCCGGCCGAGCAGCUGGAGGCGCUGCUGGCCGGGGCCGACCCCGGACCAAUGGAGGAGACCGAGGAGGUGGAGGACGACGGACACGGCCAUGUGCGCCGCGUGCUGGUGCGCCGGCAGUGUGUGACGGUGACGCGGACCGGGGGACAGACGACCGCCGGGGGCCCGACCACCCAGCAGACCACCGUGACCUUCUCCUGCCCGCCGGCCCCCUCGCCUCCGCCCUCCGCGCCGCGGCGCGCCGCUCACAUGGACACAGAGGACAGUUCGCGGGGGACAGCGGAGCCUCGGCAGGGUACUGAGCGAGGCGACCCAGCGGAGUCACCAGCAAUGUUUUCAGAGCUCGUCGAGGGCACCUCAGGCCAGGGACCCACACUCAGAAGAAUGGUCCGCACGGAGACCCGCACUCAGACGACUUUUGACGACGAGGGACGGCCGGUGACGCGCACCGUCACCGAGCGCAUCACCACCGACGCUGACGGCACCGAGUCACGAGAGAUAGUCGAGACCGAGGACUGAGCGCCGCGCGCCGCCACCGCCACCUGGCGGCGACCGGCGGCCGCGACUGAGCUGCCACCUGGCGGUGACCGGUGGCCGCGAUAGAGGACAGUGACCCAAUCGCCAGUACUGAUGCGGAGCACGGACUCGACUUUUACCGAUACUAGUUUGAUUGAUGCGCGGCAGACGGAGAGCGAGCGAGUGUGCCGUGCGAACGGGAGUGGGGCAGGGCGCCGCGCGCGCCACCUGCCGCCGCCACCACGAACUGGAGCCUGCGGCGGCCGCCGCCAGAGCCGCCGCAGCGCGCGCGCGCAUUCACCGAGGACGAGGGAGGCCUGCCCACCUGCGGAGCGCGCUUGUGUUGGCGCUGCGCCGCGCUGCUGUGUUUGUGUAUGGGCCGUUGUUGCGUUGGGGAGAGCCGGUCGGCGCCGCCGCCGCGCCGCCCCGUUCCACAUCCGGAGUGCAAAUUGCCCCUUGCACACCGCGGAGCGACGCGCCCGGCGGCGCCGGCCCGCCCAGCCCCGGGCUUUGCUUGGGAUCGGGGCUUCUAGACUACCCACCAAGCACUGCCGUUGUUGCCGAUCAAAACUGCAGUACCAUCAUCCUCUUUUCCGCCCGCGCGCGCCAGCUAUAUGCGAUUGUCUCUCCCCUACUCUAUUUGUCCGAAUGCUACAUUGUCUAGUCAAGGGUAGCCCGACGAAUGCUUGGUGAAAAUGACGCGCGAACUUGAAAUCCGGUGGUCCCCUUGUUAUUUUUCAUAUGGAUUGCGGUUGAAACGGUGGUGGAUAUGCGUGGACGCUAAAUUGGCCUUUCUGUACCGUGUACGCAAUGUGCUCUGCUGGCCAGAAUGGCGUGCGCCGGCCACGCAACCUGCUUUGGGCUUUGAGUACGUGUCUGAGUUGUUACAUUGCACGCGGGCGCCGGUGCCGUCACUGUCCGGCGCCAGUGUAGAUAUACCUACCGGUAUGAGUGGCGCUCGGCCAGGGCCACCCGUGGCGCCGAGCGAACAGAGGGCGGCAGCUGCGGCGGCCGGCCGCUGCAGGGGUGGCCGGCCCGCCUCACAGGGCCCGAGACAGGGCGGCCACCCCGCCGGCGGCCGGCCGCCUGGGGUGUCUCCGAAGCGUGCGUAUUAUGCCAAUAAAAUAAUAAAAAAUA